AUAGAAUAACCCCUCGCAUGCACUGGAGCUGCUUCAUCUCAUCUCUGCGAUCUCUCCCUCGGAAAUCCAAGCUUCAUCUGUGUCCCCAGAUCGGAAUUUGGGCGUCUCAUCUUUGCCCAAGCCAAAAUGCAACAGCCAUCGGAGAGGAGAUAGAGAGACAGCGGUGCUUCGAAGGCAAAAAAGGUGUCAGUUCAGAAGACUAGGCCGAAGCUGACCUCGCCUACGUCCUCCGCCACUUCACUCGCGCUUUCAAGUACCGUGGCCUCGGAAACGAGUUUUUGGAGGUUAGAGAUUUGGGGAACUUAAUUGGGUUGUACACCGAAUGGCACUCACGUUUGCUCCCAUAUUAUUCUUUUGAUCAGUUUGUUCAUGAGAUGAGGUCAAACAGGUUGCCGCCACUAGACAAGUAAAAAGAAGAACUGAAAACAUUUUUCAGUGACGUUGUGCGUUUUGGAAAUCAUUCUAAAGAUCAGAUGUGGCACAAUUUGGACCUCUAUUUUAAGAAGAUUGGUUCAAAAGUUACACAGCAGAAGCAUUUCAAAAGGCAAGCACAGGCAGAUAUGGAACAAUUGAUGACUUUAGUUCAGUCAAAAGCAGAAUUGGAUGGAGAAUGCAUUCAUUAUCUCCUUUUCGCACUUCACGGCUUUCCCUGAAUUAAUGGCAGAUAUACUGGAUCAAGAUUAUUGGCAUAGGCUUAAAGAAGAUGGUUCAAAUGCUGCCAGAAGAGGAGACAGCCUUGCAAUUUUAAGAGCAGAUGUAAAGAUGCAAGUGAAGUUUGUAAGCAGUUUAAAGAAAAAAUCACUCUGGUCAAAGACUUUUGAAGAGGUUGUCCAGAAGCUUGUAGAUAUUGUACACUUUCUACAUUUGGAGAUCCAUGAAGCUUUUGGCAGUGCUGAUGAUGAACCUGUGGAAAGUUCUCGGAGGAACCACAAGAAGUUGGGGCCUUCUGGUAUUUCAUUACAAUAUGCGAGUAUUAUUACACAAAUUAACACACUAGAACCCUCUGAGACUUUGCAUGGUGAUAUGGUUGCUCCUAGUAUAUCUGCAGCAGGUAGUUUUCAGAAAGAAUUAACCAAUCAAGUUCCAAAUAAUGAAGGUAGUGAAUCUAGUGAAAAUCAUAUGACAGAUGAACAGAGAGAACGAAUGAAAGCUAGCAGAUUUAAGGUCCUUGAGAAAGAUGUAGCUAGGCGCCGCCAAUUGCAGGUGGCUUGAGGUUCUGUUUUUCUUCUGUCGUGUUCUAAAUUAUGUUUCAUUGUGUUGAGCUGUGGAUGGCAAUUGAACUCAUGGAUAUAGGCAUCAAGGCAGAACCUUCUGUCUUGAUAUUCUUUCUUUGUACAACAAAGUUUUUUUGUCAUAUUUACACAACUCGAUCUCUUUAAUAGUUGAUCCAUUACCAAUA